AGUUAGAGAUCGCUUGUCCCUAUGAAUGCAAACUAUUGUUAGCUAUAAAUAUGUUUGCCUCCUACAGUGUUUGGCCUAAUUAGUUAUUGGGUUGAUUUUGGUAGUUCUACUUUUUUGCUGCCAACAAUAUGCAAGUUAAUGUUCAGGGUGUGCUUUGGCCUUGGGAUUCUUUACUGUUUUUAUUCUAGAUGUGGCGGUCUUAUUAGUCAGAUCAACAUUUCUUUUAUCGGGCUUUACAUGGCUAAUAUGCAUAUCCGGUAGAACAGAGUCUGCUCAUGCAUUCUUAUGCUAUUUUCACGUGUGUUUAUAUGUCUUGUGCUCAGCUGGUUUCCCUUCAGUCAGUUCAUUGCAUGAAACAAGCCCUAUAGCUGACAUGUAACUCGAGUAUUCAGUGCAUAUAGUUUGUGCCUUUGUGUAUGCACGUUUUUCUUUCUUUCUUAGAAAGCUGCUAUUUUCAUUUAUUUGGAGAAUACCUCUGAAUUUUCAUUGCACAUGAAACGAGUCGCUGUCACUACCCAGCACAUGAGUACACAAUGUGUGUAUUUUGAGGUCUACGUCUUGAAAAAAAAAUUGACUAUUUAUUAUAUGGGGAACUAUAGUUAGUAGCGUGUAACUGGACUCCUAUUUGGAGCAGUGGCAUCGUUGAUACUGGUCUCUGAUUUAUGAUUUGAUCCACCGCCCCUCUAGCCUGCCCCUCUAGUACCGCGGUUUUUUUGCAUGAGGUUUCUGGAUAAUUUGCAGUUCGGUCGGUGCCGUGGCGGAGGGUUGUCUUGUGGUUUGACCGGAGAGGGAGCACACCGGAGAAGCGAUCUCGUCCCCAUUGGUCAGAUUAUCCAACCCCCUCUGCUUCUGUACAAUUUUGUCGACUUAUCUGGCAUUUUCCCAGCCGUGUGGAACCAGCACAUCUACCUGCGAAUCUCCAGGCUAUGGUACCAGCGGGGUGGCUUCGAUGAUGGCCCUGUCAAGAGUACACAUAUGGUCAUGACCGACGAAAAGGGAAAUCAUGCCAACGAGAUGGUGCCUAAUGAGGUCAUAGACAUGUUUGUGGACACUUUGAAUGAGAGAAAUUUAUACAAGCAUACCAGGAUCUAUGUGAGGCAGUGGAAGGCACGUAUACGUUAUGGUUCACUAGAUCAACAAUUGUCCAUCACCUUGAGGGUGUUCCAUUUGGUCAUGUCUGUUAACAUGCUUAGUUGCUUCUUCUUUAUUAUGUUUCUGCUUCAAUAACUUUCUCAUAUUAUAUCACUUUUGUUAU